AUGUCGUCAAUCGCACGCCCCCCAGACCCGUGUCUGGUCGCGAUUAUCCUCAUCGUCCGCUCGCGCACCGGCCCACGCCUCGUAUUCCACUAUCCUCCCAACCCGCUCAGCGAGCACCGCCUGAAGACCACAACCAAGGGCGGGCGGCGCAUCUCCCGCACGCGCAGCAGACAAGGCUCCAGGAAUACAGACUCGAGCUCGAGCGACGAGAGCGGCCUUAGCUCGGAUGAGGACGAGGAGGAGCGAGAGCCCCACGUAGGUGGGAACGCAAAUGCGAACGCGACCCCCGGGUUAGGCCGACGGGCGAGCAACUUCGGUAUCGACAAUCUUACGCUCACGCCGGACGCCGCGUCCCCUGGUGCUGCAGACUCGCAGCGACCUGGAUCUCUGGGGUCUGGAAGGGCAUCGUCACUGAGGAAACGUGGUGGCGCGGGUUCAGAUUACGAGGAGGAUGCUGGGUCGGAUCGGCCAGAUGAGGGUCCUACUGGUUCGUCGCGCCCGCCCUGGGAGUCGCUUCUAGGCUUGCCUGGGAGCGUAUGGGAAAAGCUACUGAGUCCGUCUCGCUCUUGGCAUAAGAGACGCUUCGAGGUCGGGAUCAACGACCUCGCGCUCAUUGGGUGGCCGGUCUUCGUGCGCGAGGAUGGAACCUGGCGCAAGCAGCGCCGAAAGAAGAAAAAGAAGCCCCGUGCCGAGUGGGAUGGCGGGGUACUGGGACACAAUGAGAAUGCGGAAGAUGCACAAGGCGAAGAUGGGGCUACUUCACCUGAUCUGGGUGGAAGCGUUGCUACGAUUACCGAGUUGACGCUGACGACUUCACCGACCGAAUACAAGCGGGCUUCGACAGCGAGUGGGAAGUUUGGGAAGCAGCCCGAUGACAGCCUUGACCCGGAGGAUAAAGAUCAUAUGACCAUGUUUAAUGUGGUUUUUGUCAUGGAUCCUCCGUUACUCGAGUAUUCUAUGCGGGUCAAGGAAAUCUAUGAGAAUAUCAUCAAAAAGUUUGCGAAGGCACUCAAAUGGGAACAAGCCCGCACGGAUUAUGUGUGGAGGGAAUCGCAACACAUCUUGCAGGUGAGGAGGAAAGCACGAGAAACAAGUAUGUCCACCAUCAUCAUUCUUGACCUAGCGUUUCCACUAACAGCAAGGUCAGAAACAUCGGUUCACAACCUCUACUCAGAGUUGAUAACCCAAUCUUCUUUGGCCAGGGCGAUGUACACUGUCUACAGCAGCAUUUCCGCGUCGAAGAUUGCGUCUGUUUCGCUCAGUCCCGAUGUCUCUAUCUCACUGCAGAUUCCUCCGUUGACUUCUACACCAUACCUGGCUGGCCCCACGGAUAAAGCAUAUCCAGGUCUGUGGCUGACAACAGCAGACAGUGCAACAUCCGCGGAUGAUCCUGUGGCCGAUGAGAGCAAUAUACCCCACCAAGUACUUGCGAAGCAUUUUGCUUUGCUUCUACUGGACAGCGAAGCCGCGAUCAUCAAGGAUGUUGAGGCCUCUGGAGGCACUAUGGCGCCGGCCCUGGCUCAUUACAUCCGAUGCACCAAGCCCACCAAAUCAUUCGCCCAAAUAUCAGCCUCCUCAGGAAUCCCCCUCUCUACGAUCCAGAUGUUGGCAAGCCAUUUGGUCUACUGGCGUCGUGCCCGUGCCAUCCCUCCCAUUCACCAGCGAGACACCUACAUUGUGUCUCCUAACUGCGAUUUGAGCAAAUUGGAACUCGCCACCAUCGCCUACCAAACAGCCUUCCCCACACUGCCCAGUCUUCCAAAGAUGCUAUCUGCACUUAGUGGCACACCUCGACCGUACGGCAGCUUCAUCCCCAGCAAAGACCACAAGGAAACUUACUUUACCAUAUUGGCAUGGCUUCUCCGCGGUGGCUGGGUGACGCAGCUGCGCACCUUCGCCUGGAUCAAAGUCACACCUGAAAUCAAACUGGCCGUGGAAACAGCCCUGCGAAAAGAAGAAGUGGACCGGUACCUCGCCAAGGGAAGCACCAGCGCCGUCGCCGACGACAGCGACUCAUCCUCCGAAGACGACGCGCACUCCUCCUCAUCCUCCUCUCUCGCAAGCCACGGCAGCGGCGACAAUACACCAAUGCCCGGACGCCCCGAUCCGCACGCCCGGUUACGCAUUUCCCACAAACUCCUCGACCGGUCCACCGCCCUCCGGCACUCAUCCCUCAUCCUGUCCCCGCACCGCGCCUCCCCGCUCGAGUCACGCUGGCUCGACGAGAUCACCGUGCUACAGAGGUACUGGCCGGUGUUUCUGAAGUACUUCAAUGGCUACGACGCGCUGGAGAAGAUCCCCGUGCGCGAGAGCCUGAAGCGCAAGCUGGUGUGGCACGUCCUCGCGCGCCUGGGGUUCGUGACUGGGCCAGGCGGCCCGAUCGAACUGGAUGCGCGCGAGCAGGUGCUCGUCGGCGUGCGACAUUGGUAG